UCACAUAACAACCCUGGCAGUAGUUAAGAAACAUUAAACAAUAUAUAUUUUAUUUUCGUUUCUAGGAAAUUAACAAAUAAAAAAAAAGGAAAGCAUCUGAAUUAACUUGAAUUCAAUAAAAAAUGGCUGAAUCUUCGUCGAAUAAAAAAACAACAGCAACAACGACGACAGCAUCACGUAAAAAGUCCGGUCCUAAAUUUGAGCUUACAGACGAACAAAAGAAUGACAUUAAAGAAGCAUUCGAUUUAUUUGAUACAGGAUCUUCUGGAUUUAUUGAUGUGAAGGAACUGAAAGUAGCAAUAAGAGCUUUAGGCUUUGAGCCAAAGAAAGAGGAGAUUAAGAAAAUGAUUGCGGAUAUUGAUAAGGACGGCACUGGAAAAUUAUCAUAUGCAGACUUCCUCUCACUUAUGACAGUAAAAAUGGCUGAGAAGGAUACAAAAGAAGAAAUUCUUAAAGCAUUCCGAUUAUUUGAUGACGACGAAACAGGAACUAUAUCGUUUAAGAAUCUUAAACGAGUUGCAAAGGAACUUGGUGAGAAUUUAACGGAUGAGGAAUUACAAGAAAUGAUUGAUGAAGCUGAUAGAGAUGGAGAUGGAGAAGUUAACAAAGAAGAGUUCUUACGAAUUAUGCAAAAAACACAGCUUUACUAGACAGGUCACGUCAUAAAAUGAUCAUGGAUGGAAAGUACCGAGUUAAUUCGAUGGAUCUCAUACAGAAGAUGAAUUUAUAUCAUUCAAGAAAUUUACAUUACAAAUCGAACAAACGCUUCAAAUAAUUAAGAAACUUGAACUAAUAUUCCGG